AAGCCAAUGUCGUAUCAUUGUUUUCUCUGACUUGCAGAGAAGGAAACCACUCGACCAGUCCGAUUCAAACCCUAACUAGCUCUACUAAGCCAAGCUUCACCAUCUCCAGUCUCCCAAAUCGACAUUCUUUCUCUCAUAAUUUCCCAAUCUCAAUUCACUCAACCUUUAUUUUUCGUCCAAUCCCAUCUCUUCCUUCCAACAAUUCCUUUUUUCUCAUUUUAGUCCCUGCAGAAGAUGACUCAGGACGUCGAGAUGAAAGAGCUUCCCUCCAAUUCCGUCUCCUCCUCCUCAACUCCUUCCACUCUCCAGCAUUUGAAGGAGAUUGCGUCGUUGAUUGAAACUGGUGCUCAUGCACGUGAAGUGCGUCGGAUUGUACGGGCCGUGAGGCUGACGAUGGCGCUGAGACGGAAACUCAAGGCUCCGGUGCUCUCGGCUUUUCUUAACUUUGUUUUGACUCCUGGAUCUGACGUGCAUACGCGCUUAAUCUUGUUUCUACCCAAGGAAGAUGAUCAUGAGAUGGAAGUUGAUACUGCGUCGUCUGUGACACAAGUGCCUGUGAAACACUCUUUACCUGAGAUAGAGAUAUACUGCUACUUGCUUGUGCUGAUAUUUUUGAUUGAUAAGAAGAAAUACAAUGAGGCAAAAGCUUGUUCGUCAGCAAGCAUUGCACGGCUGAAGAACGUGAAUAGGAGAACUGUUGAUGUUCUAGCAUCCAGACUUUACUUUUAUUACUCUCUUUGCUAUGAACUCACUGGUGAUCUUGCUGAAAUUAGAGGUAACCUCCUUGCCCUGCACCGGAUUGCAACACUGCGCCAUGAUGAACUUGGCCAGGAAACACUUCUCAACCUGUUGCUUCGCAAUUACCUCCACUACAACUUAUAUGAUCAAGCAGAGAAACUGAGGUCCAAGGCACCUCGAUUUGAAGCCCACUCAAACCAACAGUUUUGUCGGUACCUCUUUUACUUGGGAAAGAUUAGGACAAUCCAGUUGGAGUACACAGAUGCAAAGGAAUCCCUCCUUCAAGCAGCUAGGAAAGCACCUGUUGCAGCCCUUGGCUUUCGAGUUCAAUGCAACAAGUGGGCUAUCAUUGUCAGAUUAUUGCUAGGAGAGAUUCCGGAGAGGACUGUCUUCAUGCAGAAAGGCAUGGAGGGGGCUUUGAGGCCAUAUUUUGAGCUGACAAAUGCUGUUCGCAUUGGGGAUUUAGAGCUUUUCAAGUCUGUUGCUGAGAAAUUCUCAAUUACUUUUAGUUCAGACAGGACAAAUAAUCUGAUUGUUAGGCUGCGGCAUAAUGUCAUAAGGACUGGACUGCGGAACAUCAGUAUCUCUUAUUCUCGCAUCUCACUGGCUGAUGUUGCCAAGAAGCUUAGAUUGGACUCUACUAAUCCGGUUGCUGAUGCUGAAAGCAUAGUUGCUAAGGCAAUCCGAGACGGUGCCAUAGAUGCAACAUUGGAUCAUGCAAAUGGGUGGAUGGUAUCGAAGGAGACAGGUGAUAUCUACUCUACUAAUGAACCUCAAAUGGCAUUCAAUUCUAGGAUUGCGUUCUGCCUCAAUAUGCAUAAUGAGGCAGUGCGUGCACUUCGUUUCCCUCCAAAUUCCCACAAGGAAAAAGAAAGUGCUGAGAAGAGGAGGGAGAGACAACAGCAAGAGCAAGAGCUUGCAAAACACAUUGCUGAGGAGGAUGAUGAUGAGUUUUGAUUAAGUAGCAAUCUGCAACUACAACCCUUUGCAUGCACCAUGGAAUCUUUUCAUCUAGUUUUUUAUCUUCCUCUGAAACGUCAGUACAAGCAUUCCUGUUCUAUCAAUCAAGUUGACUUUAAUUUGUGAUCGCUCUUGUUUUUACUUCAUCUUAUAAGGUCUUAAACUUGAGCAACCUCUGAAAUACAUUUUUGAAUUAAUUUCUGGAGUUGCUAUUGCCCA